AUGGCGCAGCCUGGGCCCGAGGCCCUGUACCCCUCUCAGUGUGGCCACAAGGCUCGGCCAGGUGAUACCCACUGGGACCCCUAUGCCACCACGAUGAAGGCUGCGUUCACGCCUAAGAUGGGAGCAGCACCUGCUUUAACUCGUCAAAAAAGUGCCCGAAGAUUUGGAUACACAUAUUCACUUAGCGACCCGCUCCCCAAUCAGACACAGCACAAUGAUGAGUACGUUUGGAAGUUACGUUCCAAAGAAGAUGUGAUCAAAGCUGGGACUCCAGGAGAAACUGGGAGCCACAGUUCUCGCUUCAGUCAAGAUGUCUUUCACUGGACACUACCACCAGGUCACUCAAAGUCAGUGAAGAGCUACCUCCCUUGGAAAAUUGCUGCUUCGAUGGAUGAGGUCAGGAAGGCCAUAUCAAAUCAGUUUAUUUCCCAUACUAGGAGAGACUUUGUGGACAGAGCUGAAGCUCAGAAGAUUAAGCAAAGUUCUCAGAUGUUUCUAGAAUGGAAAAACUUACUUCCUCAUCCUGCAGACACUGAAUUUCGACGCAAUUACCAAGUUCCAGCUAAAAUUCCUGAGUUUCAGGAUUUUAGUUUCAAAUAUGGAUGCUACUCAAGCCUACCAAUUGCUUCUCAGGGUCUAGUCCCUUCCGUACUGUACAGCCACAUGAAGAAUCAGGACCGCACAAAGAAGCAGAGCACGUACCAGAGUGACUACGGAAAAGCCUACUUGGAUUUCCUAACGAUCUUGAACUCAUUUACUCCCUCUCAAUUAGAUGAGUACCUACAAAGUGUUUCCUACAAAGACAGAAAAAUUCUCGAUCGCUUUAUUCGCUCUUACUGUGACGCUGACAAAGGGACGGAAUGAAAAAGGAAAAUAGUCCAAAUGAAGAAAUCCUGAAAAUCAAUGAAAGGGCCUCAGGGGCCAUUUUAUCAAAAAUCAAGGAAAGACAAUAUCUAAAUUGUUCCAAAUAUGAUAUUCAUGACUUUGUGUAAUUUUGUUUUCUUUCAAGGUUAUAAAUCUCCACCCCACCCCCCAACAAAGCUCUAACUGUAUCCAGUAGGUUUUGAUAUAAAGUGCUUUUCUGUGCUCUGUUGGAUACUUAAUUUGUGAUUUCAAUUUUGACUUCCUCUUUGAACCAGGAAUUAUGUAGAAGAGGUUUCUUAAUUUUCCAAUAAUUAGAGGGUUAAAAAAAUCUUUUUAAUAUUGAUUUCCUGUUUGAAAGUAAAAAGAAACCUGCUUUGGGAAAUUUAACAAGGUUUUCUGUUAUGCCAAGUACAUGGUUAACUUGUGUAUUACAUGAAUAUAAGAAAAAAACCUGUAUAGUUUAUUGUAUUUUUUCAAAUCCCUUGUGUCUUUUCUUUAAUUAUAUACUUGAACUGUCAAAUUCUGAAAGAAUGUUGAAAACAUUCCACAUUAAAAAUGUUUUCAUCAAUA